GCAAUAUCGAUGACAGAAGAAUAGAAAUAUGAUUUGGGGAUAAAGUGCGACAAAUGCGUUUUUUUGAUAUAAAAAUAAUAUUUAAACACUUCCAAAUAAGUAUAAUAUAUUUUAAAUGUUAUCAAUCAAACGCUUUUCGACUCUGUCGCCGUCGAAAAUACGAUUUCGCUUAAAAAAUGGAGUUUUCGAACCAGAAAUCAGUAAGCAAUUUCCGGCAAAUUUUAAUUUGUGUAGAUCAUUAUGUGUGUUACAAAACAUAACAAAUAAAUCAAGACAUCCAAAGUUUAGACAACUAAAUGCUGAAUUCAAAGCUGCAUCAUCAUUGCUGAGGAGAUCUAAUUUACCACCAUUAAAUACUUUCUUUAAUAAUACUAAGAUAAAAAAUUUCCACACAACUUCCUCUAAUAGCAACAAGGAAAAUGAUAAAGAUAAGGAAAAGAAAGGGAAAGAAAAUGAUAAUGCUAAUAUACCAUCACUUGUAAUGAAAGCAGUGUUUUGGAUGCUUACAACAUUCACUCUAAUAGUUCUUAGUUCGUUCCUUGUGCCAGGAGAUAACACCCAGAAUGAGCUCAUACGAUACGUGUCGUGGAAUGAAUUCGUUUAUUCGAUGUUGUCGAAGGGCGAAGUUGAGGAGAUAAUAGUCAGACCAGACUUGGAAAUUGUUACAAUCAUCUUGUAUGAAGGCGCCGUUAUCAAAGGGAAGAAGACGACUCACCGCGUGUAUCAUAUGAACGUAGGGAAUAUUCAUCGAUUCGAAGAGAAAUUGCGAGAGACUGAACAAAACCUUGGUGUCAAAGAAGGUGUAAGAGUUAUAUACGACAGAAAUGGCAGCGUGGCUGCUAAAAUUUUUACCACCUUACUGAUAGCUGCUGUUAUAUUGUCGUUCCUGUAUUCAACGAAAUCUAUGAAGAUGAACAUCAAUUUGGGCGGAUUUAGCCAAUUAAGACGCGCUAAGUUCACUCUCGUGGAUUCAAUGAGUGGACAAGGCAAGGGAGUUAAAUUUGAAGAUGUAGCUGGUCUAAAAGAGGCCAAAGUUGAGGUUAUGGAGUUUGUAGACUACUUGAAAAGACCUGAACAUUACAAGAGUCUUGGAGCAAAGGUACCCAAAGGAGCGCUGUUACUCGGACCACCGGGGUGUGGUAAGACACUACUGGCGAAAGCGAUUGCCACUGAAGUUAAUGUACCGUUCCUGUCCAUGAAUGGUUCAGAGUUCAUCGAGAUGAUAGGAGGUCUUGGUGCGGCAAGAGUCAGGGACUUAUUCAAGGAAGCGAAAAACCGUGCCCCAUGCAUUAUCUACAUAGAUGAGAUUGAUGCAGUGGGCCGAGCUAGAUCCUCUGGAGCCUCAUCAUGGGGCCCUGGAGGUGGUGAGGGGGAACAGACCCUGAACCAGCUGCUCGUUGAGUUGGAUGGUAUGAAGAGCAGGGAGGGGGUCGUGGUAUUGGCCUCGACCAACCGAGCUGAUGUACUCGAUAAGGCUUUGCUUCGUCCCGGUCGUUUCGACAGACACAUACUAAUCGAUCUACCGACCCUGCAAGAACGUGAGGAGAUAUUCGCGAGACACCUCAAAAGUAUUGUACUUGAAGAUUUACCAUCACACUAUGUUAAACGACUAGCAUACUUGACCCCCGGCUUCAGUGGCGCGGACAUAGCGAAUGUAUGCAACGAGGCGGCUCUACACGCGGCAAGACAUAAACAAAACAUUGUCAAAGCGGCCGAUCUCGAAUACGCCGUCGAAAGAGUCGUUGGUGGUACAGAGAAACGUAGCCACGCGAUGUCACCCGCUGAAAAGAAGAUAGUAGCGUAUCACGAGUCCGGUCACGCUCUUGUGGGAUGGUUGCUUGAACAUACGGACGCGUUGCUCAAGGUUACUAUAGUACCAAGAACAAAUAAAGCACUCGGCUUCGCUCAGUACACAACGUCUGACCAGAAGUUAUAUUCGAAGGAAGAGUUGUUCGACCGGAUGUGUAUGGCGUUAGGCGGUCGCGCAGCGGAGGCGAUCACCUUUAACUCUAUAACGACCGGCGCUCAGAACGAUCUCGAGAAAGUCACAAAAAUUGCAUACGCACAGGUUCGUGUCUUCGGCAUGUCUCCGACUGUUGGGCUGAUGUCGUUCCCAGAUUUGAAGGACCGCGAAAAGAGUCCCUUUAGUAAAGUUUUAAAGAAUUUAAUCGAUAUGGAGUCGAAGAAACUUAUCGCGCAAGCUUAUUAUAGGACAGAGGAACUGCUGCGAGAGAAUCAUAGCAAACUUAAGAGCCUUGCCGAAGAACUAAUAAAGAAGGAGACGCUCAACUUCAAAGACGUUGAAGCUAUAUUAGGGCCGCCUCCGUUCCCUAAAAAGAAAUUCAUAGAUCCAGUGGAAUUCGAGGCUAACUUACGAAGUAUGGAAAAUGCGGCAAAAUCUGAAGACAGUGGAACGACUGGAGCGCCCUCUGCCAAGCCUGAACCGCAACCGGGGUUGUAGAUAGUAUAGAUUGACGUAAAACUAGUCUUGUUUUGAAUAUACAAUCAGUUAUCACGUUG